AUGGAAGAAGAAAAACUAGAUACCGACAUACUGGGUUUAGAUUUAAAGUACGAUUUAAGAAAAGGGGUAAUCAGUUUAGAUAUGAGAAGUUAUCUGACAAAACUAGAAGAGGAAUACAAGAAUGUGAUCGGAGACUAUGGAAAGAUAGGAAAAGUCCCACAUGUUACCUCAUAUAAGAUACACCCAAAGGAACAAGUUUUUGAAAUUGAUAAGACAGAGUACAAAAGGAAGGUAAAGUAUCUUCAAGAAUUGAUUGGUAAGCUCAAUUAUGUACGCAGUCGGGGAAGACUGGACAUUGAAUUUGCUGUACGGAAAAGUUGCCAGCUAGUGUUAUAUCCACAUCCAAAAGUGAUUGAGGCCACAGAAAAGAUAACAAGAUAUCUUUUCGGAACAAAAACGCUAGGAAUGACUUUUAAACGUGACGUUAACAAGGCACUAAACAUAACUGUUGUAUCGGAUGCCUCAUGGAACACAGAAUUUGAUUUGAAAUCACGGGCUGGUGCAGCGAUUUGGCUGGAAAAUAAUUUCUUCUAUGGUUUCUCGAAGAAAUCGACGAUAGUGUGCGACUCUAGUGCAGAAAGUGAAUUGGAUGCGUUGAACAUGGCAGAGAAAAUUGCGCUAUUCUUAAAAUUUAAACUUGAAAAGAUCUGUCCGAACAAGAAGAGAAAAAUAACCUUAAUAACAGAUUCCGCCCCUGCAUUGGGAUGGCUCAAGCAGGACUACUACAAACCGCAUACGAAAUUUAUUGGAUUGAGAGUGGAAAGACUGAAGGAGAGAGUGGAUGAUCCAAAACCUAUAAUUUCCAACACGCCUCCAUAA